AAAGUAAAAAAUUUACCUUUCACAUACUCGUAACAGUCACAUCGUAUAAAUUAACUCUUAAGCUUUGUUUCAAUCACAUGAUUUAGUCCUUCAUUGAGACAAUCAUUGAUCAAGUGAACUUUCCGUCACCAAACACACACACAGAAAGGGGGGGGGGGGAAGGAGACCACCGAAGAAGAAAGCUGAAGCAUCAUGGGAAGGCUAUGGUUCUGCUGUUUCCUUCUCACACUGCUUCAUCUCUCCGAUCUCAGCAUUUGUAAGCGUGGGCAAGUUGUAACCCCGCCAUUACCGAUUCUUCCCCUUCCCACAUAUUCGCAGCUAAAAUGGCAACAGAGAGAAAUCAUAAUGUUCCUCCAUUUCGGCGUCAACACCUUCACUGACAGAGAAUGGGGGAACGGUCGUGAAAACCCACAGUUGUUCAACCCUUCCGAUCUCAACGCCGGCCAGUGGGCCGCCGUGGCCGCAGACGCCGGAGUGUCGCUGAUGAUACUAACUGCGAAACACCAUGAUGGGUUUUGCCUGUGGCCUUCAAAGUACACAGAGCAUUCGGUGGUGAGAAGUCCAUGGAAAGAAGGAAAAGGCGAUGUUGUGCAGGAGUUUGUGAAUGCAGCUUCAGCGAAAGGCAUAGAUGUGGGGCUUUAUCUUUCUCCUUGGGAUCGACAUGACAGAAGAUAUGGAAAUGAUUUGAAUUACAACGAAUACUACUUGGCUCAGCUCCAAGAGCUGCUCAAUAAAUAUGGAGGAGUGAGGGAGAUAUGGUUCGAUGGAGCGAAGGAUCCAAAGUCAAAGAAUGUGACAUAUUACUUCACAGAGUGGUUCUCAAUGGUGAGAGAGUUGCAGAGCUCCAUUAACAUAUUCUCUGAUGCAGGUCCUGAUGUUAGGUGGGUGGGUAAUGAGAAAGGCUAUGCCGGACAAACCUGUUGGUCUCUCAUUAACAGAAACUCUCUCUCCAUUGGCAACCCUAACAUCGCUCGCUAUCUGAGCAUCGGAGACCCGAAGGGAAGAGAUUGGAUACCAGCAGAAUGCGAUGUAUCAAUCAGAAAAGGAUGGUUUUGGCACAAAUCAGAAUCGCCAAAACGACUCAGUGAGCUCCUUGAUAUCUACUACAACUCAGUUGGAAGAAACUGUGUCUUACUUAUCAAUGUGCCUCCUAACACAAAUGGCCUCAUCUCCGACAACGAUGCUCGCAGAUUAAAAGAGCUUCGAGCUGCCAUUAACACAAUCUUUCACAACAAUUUGGCUCAAAACUCCGACGUUAAAGUUAGCAGCCAAAGAGGGGGAAAAGACGGUGGUUUUGGCCCAGAAAACAUGUUUGAUUCUGACCACUUGUGGUCGUACUGGGCUCCAAUUGAUGAACAGGAGAUAAAGGAACAUUGGAUUGAGAUUCGUGGGAGAUUGAGAUUCAAUGUGGUUAGGAUACAGGAAGCAAUAGGACUUGGUCAGAGGGUCCAACGGCAUGAAAUCUAUGUGGAUGGUAAGUUGAUGAUCCAAGGGACGACGGUGGGUUAUAAGAGGCUUCAUAGGGUUGAUGGGGGUGAGGUUGAAGCUAAUGUUGUGAGGAUCAGAAUCACAAAGUCAAGGGGAUUGCCCCUCAUUUCUUCUGUUGGCCUCCAUUUUGAUCCUUUUUGGCACUCUAGAUUUGAUAUAUCUUGAAAAUUCAACUACUAAUGUUGAGAAAUAAGAGCUGGGUGAUUAAAAAAGCUGGGUUCAAACAAUUUUGAAGUAUGACCAUCAAUCUGUUAACUGCUUGCUUUUUGCAGUUUGGUGCCAUAUGCUCAUAUUAUGCCUGCUGAUUCUGAAAGUAUUCCGAUAUGAUUAUAGAUGACUGUUUAUUUUGAUGCUUAAUUACUGAA